UGUGGUCUCCGGGGCUGUCAUCGUGGUCGCCUGACCUGCCAUGGCGUUCCGGAGGACGGAGGGUGUGUCCAUGAUCCAGGCCCUGGCCAUGACGGUGGCUGAGAUCCCCGUGUUCCUCUACACCACGUUCGGACAGUCGGCCUUCUCCCAGCUGCGGCUGACACCAGGUCUCAGGAAGGUCCUGGUGGCCACAGCCCUGGGCACCGUGGCCUUGGCCCUCGCUGCUCACCAGCUGAAGCGGCGGCGGCGGAGGAAGAAGCAGCUGUGCCCCGAGCCCGGGGCCGAGCACCUGGGCUCCGUGCCCCUCCCGGUCCUCAUGGCCAGGAAGGCCCCAUCCGUGAAGAAAGGCUACUCCAGCCGCAGGGUCCAGAGCCCCGGGAGCAAGAGCAACGACACCCUGAGCGGCAUCUCCUCCCUGGAGCCCAGCAAGCGCUCCGGCUCCUCCCACAGCCUGGCCUCGAUGGCGGCCGUGAACUCCUCCAGUCCCACAGCGGCCUGCCCGGGCCCGUGGGAUGCCCGCGGGGUGGACGAGUCGGUGACCACCAGCGACGGCCACGCCGAGAGCCUGUACAUGCAAGGCAUGGAGCUGUUCGAGGAGGCCCUGCAGAAGUGGGAGCAGGCGCUGAGCGUGGGGCAGCGGGGUGAUGGCCGCGGCUCCCCCUCCCUGGGGGACGGGCCCCCCAACCCCGAGGCUGCGCCCGACCCGCUGUCAGAGCCGGAGUCUCAGCGCCGGGAGUUCGCUGAGAAGCUGGAGGCGCUGCUGCACCGAGCCUACCAUCUGCAGGAGGAGUUCGGGGCCUCCUUCCCGGCCGACAGCAUGCUGCUGGACCUGGAGCGCACCCUCAUGCUGCCGCUGACCGAGGGCCCGCUGCACUUCCGGGCGGACGCCGACGAGGACAGCCUGAGCUCGGACGGCUCCUUCUUCUCGGCCACCGAGCUCUUCGAGUCCCUGCAGGUGGGCGACUACCCACUGCCCCUGUCCCGGCCGGCGGCAGCCUACGAAGAGGCCCUGCAGCUGGUGAAGGAGGGCCGGGUGCUGUGCCGGACCCCGCGGACAGAGCUGCUGGGCUGCUACAGCGACCAGGACUUCCUGGCGAAGCUGCAUUGUGUGCGUCAGGCCUUCGAGGGCCUUCUGGAAGACAAGAGAAACCAGCUGUUCUUCGGGGAGGUUGGCCGGCAGAUGGUGGCAGGCCUGAUGACCAAGGCUGAGAAGAGCCCCAAAGGUUUCCUGGAGAGCUACGAGGAGCUUCUGAGCUACGCCCGGCGCCCGGAGACUUGGGCCACCACGCGGCUGGAGCUGGAGGGCCGCGGGGUGGUGUGCAUGAGCUUCUUCGACAUCGUGCUCGACUUCAUCCUCAUGGACGCCUUCGAGGACCUGGAGAACCCCCCGUCCUCGGUGCUCGCCGUCCUGCGCAACCGCUGGCUCUCCGACAGCUUCAAGGAGACGGCCCUGGCCACUGCUUGCUGGUCGGUGUUAAAAGCCAAGAGGAGACUGUUGAUGGUCCCCGACGGCUUCAUCUCCCAUUUCUACUCCGUAUCGGAGCACGUGAGCCCCGUCUUGGCCUUUGGCUUCCUGGGCCCCAAGCCACAGCUCGCUGAAGUCUGCGCUUUCUUCAAGCACCAGGUCGUGCAGUACCUGCGGGACAUGUUCGACCUGGACAGCAUGCGCUACACGUCGGUGCCCGCGCUGGCCGACGACAUCCUGCAGCUGUCCCGGCGCCGCAGCGACAUCCUGCUGGGCUUCCUGGGCGCGCCGGCCGCCAGCAGCGUGGGCCUGAACGGGGCGCUGCCCCCCGAGAAUGGGCCCCCAGUCGAGCUGGCCUAGCGGGACCCCUGUCGGAGCAGGGACGACGCACAGGCAGAGAUGGGGGGGGCGACCCGUCACCCUCUCACCCACCAGCCCUGGGCCCCCGUGAGUGGGCUCGGGAGGGACUGAGGGGGGCGCUGUCCGCUUUCCCCGUGCCCAUCCCCAGGACCCUGGCCCCAACAUUCCCGCCUCUGCCACUGGGCUCGCUCCCCACACGCGGGGGUGUGUGUGGGUCCGCCCUGAGCCACCCCCACCGGGACUCUGGGGGGUGGGGCCGGGCACGGAGUCGGGGCAUGCCGGGGUUGGAGGAGCCUGGCUGGGGACUGUCACGGGGCUGCCCGGCGCCUGCCCGCUCCCACCCCGUGAGUUUGCACUUGAGGUGGGUGUUUUAUUUAUUGCCUUAACACUUUAUUUUGAGGUUCCGCCCGGGCCGCCUGGCUCUCCGGUGCCGGAGAAGGAGGGCCGGGCUGCAGAGAGCCCCGGGGCUGGGCGCCGAGGGGUGGGGGCGCUCCUGGGUGCAGCCUGCCCCACCCUUGCAGCGGCCCGGCUCCGGGGUGCCCCCCACAUUCCGUUCAUUUGCACUUAACCCUGCUCUGUGAAUGUCCCGGCUGGCGCCGCACCAGCACUGUGUCUGUGUUGACGUGCCCCGCCCGCCCGCGCGAGUGCGCACGCGCAGUCCCGGCUGCGGUCCCGGCUGCGGUCAGCGCGGGUCCAAUAAAUGUUUCCAUGA